AUGAAUAUCAUAGAAUGGGCUUUCGGCAAGCGCAUGACGCCCGCGGAGCGACUUCGCAAGCACCAGCGCGCACUUGAAAAGACACAGCGGGAACUCGACCGAGAGAGGGUCAAGCUUGAGAACCAAGAGAAGAAACUGGUUGCCGAUAUCAAGAAAAGCGCGAAGAAUGGCCAGAUUGGAGCCUGCAAGAUCCAAGCAAAGGACCUGGUCCGUACUCGGAGAUACAUUCAGAAAUUCUAUCAGAUGAGGACCCAGUUACAGGCCAUUUCUUUGCGGAUACAGACAGUUCGCAGUAACGAGCAAAUGAUGCAAUCGAUGAAGGGAGCGACCAUGCUUCUAGGGAGUAUGAAUAGGCAAAUGAAUUUGCCUGCUCUCCAGAGAAUUGCAAUGGAAUUCGAGCGUGAGAAUGAUAUUAUGGAUCAGCGACAAGAAAUGAUGGACGAUGCUAUUGAUGACGUGACGGGCCUAGAGGACGAAGAAGAAGGAGAGGAGGUCGUCAACCAGGUCCUGGACGAAAUCGGUGUGGAUCUCAACAAUGCUCUCGGCGACACCCCCACUGGCAUACAAAAGGCGGCGGUGCCGGAAGGGCGAGUAGCCCAGGCAGUGGGCGGAGGAGGAGAAGACGAUGACCUACAAGCCCGUCUUGACAGUUUACGACGGUAG